AUGGGACCAUACGCUGCAAUCUGCAUCAUUUUAUUAUCUGUGACAUGGACAUUGGGAGAGAGGCCGGAAUGUCCCCAAGUUUGCCAAUGUCCCGAAAAUCCCACCUGCCCUCUGGGAACAGUUCUGGACACUUGCGACUGUGGAUGCAAUGUGUGCGUCCAGGAUAUUGACUCUGAGUGUGACGGAUUCAGACCCUGUGACAACAUGAAAAAUCUGACCUGUGAUUAUCAACUGGACCCUAUGAAAAAGCAAGGAGUGUGCAAAGAUCCAGAAGAAGAUUCUACACUGGUGUUGGACAUGCCUACCUGCAAGCCUGCUACUGAAUGGACCCCCUGUUCGAAAACAUGUGGAUUCGGCAACUCCAUACGGAUAACGUAUGAAAAAGAGACCUGUAUUCCAAAGGCUGAGCGGAGGCUGUGUAUGGUCAGACCUUGCAGGAGCCAAUAUACCAGAGCCAAUUACACGGUCCUGAAGCCCACCAACGCCUGUAGUCGCGUCAUGCGCUGGUCCCAGCCUCUGCACCUUCGUUUUCGUGACUGCCUGUCACGCCUUCCUCUACUCCCCCGAUUCUGCGGUCAUUGCUCUGAUGGACGACUCUGCAGCCCCUCAGUCACUGAAACACGCCCAGUGGCUUUUCAGUGUGCUCACCUUGAUAGAAAAGUUAUCCGCCAAGUGAUGUGGGUGCGGCGGUGCACCUGUGGGGGGAAAAGAUCAAAAAAGGGCAAAGGAAAGAAAAAAUUGCAGGAGAGAACUAUGACUUUUGGAAAGGAGGAUACAGAAGAUAUUGAAGAGGUGGAUGAAAUAUAA